CUCUAAGUUCACGCUGUAAUAUUCCCUAAUAAUUUGUGGUAUUUGCAGACAAAUUCGAUGUUUUUGAAUAUGUGCUGGUGUUUGGCUUGUUUUCGAGUGUAACGCAUUAAAAAUCUAGUCUCAAUGUAUGUGUUAUGCGGCAAUUUCCUUUCAAAACCAAUGACAUUAGAUGAACUCGAUGUGCGUUUUGGCCAUUUUACUUGGCUUGCGUUGGUGAUUCGUACAUAGUCACGUGACCUAAGUGGUUUUUGGAUCAAUGGCGCCAAAUGUCUGUUACAGAAAAUGGUGCAUCUUUUGGUGUUGUGCAGUUCCAAAGUAAAGUGCCAUCAUGUAGUGAACGAUGUGACAUUCUACACAAUGUUGCUCCCGCGAUCCAAGUGUAAAGCACUAGGGGGGUCGUGAACAUGUAGGUUGUGAACAUAAACAAAACAACAUGUCGUUGAAAGGCACCAAGAGGGGAGCCGGGGUGCGUGGUGAAGAGGCAGGCGCGUCCAAACGUCGCAGGACAGAGCCUGAGGAUGCACUCUGGCAGCUCCGUCCAGUCAGUGACCUCAAGAUGUCAUCAAUUUAUAACAGAAAUGCCUCUGAGGCACCUGCAGAACUAUUCAGGAAGGACCUGAUCAGUGCCAUGAAACUGCCGGAUUCGGAGCCACUGACACCGAGUGAAUACUGGGUGAUCACGGACGCUUGGAAGCAAGACUGGGAGCGGGGUGUGCAAGUGCCUGUCAACCCGGACUCGCUUCCGGCGCCUAAGGUGAAGCUCAUCGACAAUCCGCUGCCACCAGACUUCCAGGAAUUCAAGCUGCCUCGAGAUAAGUACAUACAUCUGACUCGUGAUGGGCACUACCAAUCGGACAAGCACGUGCUGAGCACGACGCCGGCGCGUGCGGAAGCCGCGUGCAGCUACGACUUGGACGCCACUGACACGGCCUGGUUGAACCUGCUGAACGCGGAGCGGGCUCGUGCGGGUGCGCCCGCAGUCACGGAAGACCAGCUCGAGAAAGUCAUUGAGGAGCUUGAGGUGCGGACGUGGGAUAAAAUCCAGGCGAUAAUAAAAUCGGAGGAGGGGCUCGGCAUUGAGUACGAUGAGAAUGUCAUCUGUGACGUGUGCCGGUCGCCCGACUCAGAGGAUGGGAACGAGAUGGUGUUCUGCGAUUCGUGUAAUAUCUGCGUUCAUCAGGCCUGUUACGGUAUCACUGUCAUCCCAGACGGUAAGUACGGCAACGGACAAUGGCUUUGCAGACCUUGCGGAGACGGCGUCCGCCCUACGUGCGUCCUUUGCCCUAAUCUCGGCGGUGCUAUGAAAUGCACACCAUCGGGCCACAAAUGGGCUCACGUUAGCUGCGUUCUCUGGAUUCCUGAAGUUUCUAUUGGUUGUGCUGAAAAAAUGGAACCCAUAACUAAAAUAUCUUCUAUACCGGCCUCGCGCUGGUCUCUAGUGUGCGUGUUGUGUCGUGAACGUAAAGGAGCUUGCAUUCAGUGUUCCGUUAAGACUUGUAAGACUGCUUAUCAUGUUACGUGUGCAUUUAAGCAUGGACUAGAAAUGCGUGCAAUUAUAGAAGACGAAAAUGCCGACGACGGUGUAAAAUUACGGUCCUAUUGUCAAAAACAUAGUGUCAAUUCGAAAAAAGAGAAGUGCCCUGGUUCAGGGUCGGAGGAGGAGGAGGUCAAGAGAAAGCGUCGGAAAGACAUGACAUCAGAGGAAAAGACGCAAGCGCGGGCUGCCCGCUUGCAGGAGAUCGAAAGGGAAUUUGAUCGCCAUGUCAGUGUCAAAGAUAUAAGUUCACAUCUUCUUGACGUCGAUGAAGAUUCUCUUAACUAUAUUUACAAUUAUUGGAAGCUCAAGAGACGUGGAGGGCAUAAUCGUCCCUUGCUACCACCUAAAUCAGACGAUAACGAACUACUUACUCAUAGACAAGAACAAGCUGAUCUCGAUAAGAUGAGAAUGUUCGUACAGCUAAGACAAGAUCUGGAAAGAGUGCGGAAUUUGUGUUACAUGGUGAGCAGGAGGGAAAAGCUCUCUCGCUCAUUCUUUCGUAUGCGAGAGCAAACAUUUCAUAAACAAGUGGCUGUAUUAACUGCCGAUCCUAACAUCUCUGGGCCAGAUUUAGCCGCCAUUAUUGAAGCUAAUCACGGGCCUUCAAUUUACGAUCGAUUGUAUUCUCAUCCAAAUGCUACGGAUCAUAAAAAUGAUUUUGAAGAGUUACUUGCUCGCAUUGCGCCGCCAGAUUCUGGCGAUGAUAAGAAAAAAGAUCGUAAUGGCCUUCUCAAAGGCUCUAAGUCACAGAAUCCUUACAAGAAACAUUACGUGAAUGGUUCGCGGCGAAGCGGCAGCAUGUACAGUGGGCUAUCCAGUGAGGAAAGCGCUGGUGAAAUAGGUCGAUCGACGCGGUACCGUGGAAGAGCUAUUGGAUCCAGUACGGAAGAAGACACGAAAAAAUGUAGUUCAUCACCGAAGAAAAAGAUUUCCCCAAAAGGUAAAGGCAAGAAGUCGCCUAAGAAAACUGAAAGAAAGAAGAAGAAAAUGCCUCAGUCAAAGGCAGUUGUUGAAAGCAGCAGUGAAGAGGAGACAAUUAAAGCUAGAAUGAGGAAAGACAGUACUCGAAGCCGAACUCUCCAGCAGAUGGAAAAAGAAAUGACAGCUGGUAAACUUGGUCAAUCCGGCUCUGACAGUGAUGACUUGAUUCCUAUGAAGUCAACACGUAAUAACAAUAAAUUUCCGAUCGACAUUUACUCUGACAGUAGUGAUGAAGUUCCUGUUAAAACAGAAACCAAACCUGAUAAACUGAAAUCUGAAAAGGGUAAAUCAGUUAAAGCCAAACCUGAAAAAUCGCCAAAUGAAAAUGAUUCUCAACAACCAUUGCCUAGAACUAAAGCGGCUAUGAAAGAGUUUAUACCGACUAAAACAGAAAAGAAAACAGUAAUUAAAGAAGAAGAAAAGCCUGCUCCGAAAAAGCGGGGCAGAAAACCAUCUAAUAAAGAGAAAAAGCCUCCAGUGAAAACUAAUGAAUCAGAUGACGAGGCCAAGAAUAAAGAAAAUAUUAAAUUUUCCAAACAGAAAGAUAAUCCCACUGAUUUGAUAGUGCCACAGAGACAAGCUGCUAAAAAGGCUUCUGAAAACAUGCGCUCAACGACUGCUGUCAAAAAGGAAGAUUCCAUCCCUGAGAAACAUGUUAGUGGCGACGACACUAAGACUAAACCUAAAGUAAAACCAAAAGACAAGGAGAUGAAAGAAGCUGUAUCUGCUAAAGUGGGUAGAAAGAAGUCUUCAAAAGAUGUUGAAAAGGAACCAAUUGCAUAUGUGCCUCAAAGGCAAGCAGCAAAGAAAGCUGCUGCUCAUAUCAAAAGUGGCUUGGGAACUAAGUUACCCGUUCCUGAAGCUGAAAAUGAUAAGAAAAAGGAAAACGAGAAAUCAGAGUCACCACCUAAGAAGGAAGAAGGUAAAACUUCUAAACCUUCCGAAAAAGAAAGCUCUAGUUCUUCUUCUAAUUCAAGUAGCAGUAGCUGCUCGUCAUCCACAUCGUCGGAUGAGGAACCUGAACCAGAGAAGCAUGAGAUAAAACCUACGGCUAAGGCACGUGAAAUUAAACCUGCUGCAAGACAGCCAUCUAUGUUUUCUCCACAACCUACAGUUAGACCGACAGUGGACUUGCCCUUUCUCGACAAGGUGUCAAGACCAUUGUCGUCAACUAGUGCCUCGAGUGAUUCUGACAGCUCUCGGUCGCAAUACUCCGGAUCAAGCCCCACUCCUAAGCGACCACGGAGACGGAGAAAAAAGAAGAGUGUGUCAACUGAUGCGUCCCCUCGCAAGACCCUUGACAAGAAGCUUAAAACUUCCGAACGGGGGUCCGAAUGUCGGGUACCAUCACCGAUUCCUCAAAGAGAGGAACCGAGUCGACCCAGCGAUGCGCGUGCUGCCACGCGUGCUCGGACCAGAAGCACUACUUCAAGCGGAAAUAUGCCUAAUAAGCCUGAUGCCCGACAGGGAAAACCAUCUAAAGACGACACCGGUCUUGCCACUGGACCAAAUAAAACUUCCAAAGAGAGCAGCCAGUCCAGUGAACUUUCAAUUACGGAACGGAAAACGAACGAGGCGUUAAAGAAGGACGUGAAAGAUACUGUCUCUGGAGACGUAAAUGACACCAAGGCGAAAUUACCGAAAAGUAAAAGACUCAGUGAUGGCGUCGAGGAUAGAGAUAGAGGAGAGAAGACCAAGGCAUCCGAAAGUGUAACUCCUCUGAAUAGGACAAGUCCAAGAAAGGGUGGUGACGUGAAACAAAAGCCUGUAUCUAACAGGCGGCUGAGUGUAAAAGAUUCAGUUAAGGAAAUCGUACCAGGUGCUCAUGUUGCCGAGCCACGUGAAUCAAUAACUAAAGCAAGAAGAUUGAGUCGAUAUGAGACAAGCGCGCCAAGUUCUGAUCGCAAGAGUCUUUCGCCUGUGAAGAAACCAGCGACCAAUGAAAAGCCCUUAAUAACUGAUAGGCCUCCUUCUCGCAUUAACGACGACUUUUCUGACGCUGACAAACAUUGGCCGCCGAAACCGCCUAGCCCUAAUGUCCACCCACCGCCAGUAGAAAAACCAGGUGGACAUGAAAAGUACAUGACUGAAGAUAAAUCGUUGGAUGCAGAUUUUACUGAUAAGACAAGCGUAAAAAUGAUUGCUAAGAUUCAAGCAAAUCUUAACGAAAACACCAUGAUUAAGUCACCAAAGACUCCUAUGGACGCCAGAUCUAUGGAUCCUAUAGAUAUCGAUAAUCCGAUGGUUCGAAACAUUCGCAAACGAUCUUUACUUGAUUCAGACAAGAAGUUUAUUACUCAAGACGCUAGUCACGUGCAAGGCGUAGAGAUAUCAAAGAGCGCUAAAAUACCAUCAGCUGUAAAUCCAUUUCCUAACAGAUCUAUGUUUUCACCGCAGCCUAAAGAUAAUGAGCUUUUCGAAUUUGAUUUGUUGGCGGUCGAUGACGGGUUUAAUCAUGAUGAAAUGAUGAAACCAUUCACAUCUUAUCCAGAAUUCUUUUUCAAAGAAGAUUCAAAAGAACAGGGUGUCCAAGAAACCCUGAAUUUAGUCGAUCGACUCAGAAUGCAACUGAGUUCAAAAAAGAUGCCCACCGAGAACACAACGCAAGAUGAACCUUCUGUUAAUGAUGACAAGGAUCAAAGAGUUGAGGAGAACAAUGUGGCUUCCAAUACUAUUUCGACUGAUCGAGAAGAACAGCCGCCUAGUAAGAGUGCGAUGGAGUUGCAAGACAAGAGGAAACCUGAAAAGGAUUCGCACACUGCUACAGUCAAUCAUGUGCCUCGCGGUCUCGCAGCAACUAACUUAAUAUCCAGGGACCCUGUAUCUGAAUCCGAUUCUAAAGAUCGCCCUGUUCCUAUGACAAGUAGCGAUAAAUGGCCAGAGCUGCCAGUUUCUCAUAACGAAUCACCCCAUAUUGAUUUAUCAAAUGAUAGAAGAAAGUACGAUAUUGCGCGUUCCUAUGGUGAAGAAGCUAAUAAGGAAUCUUUGACAAUUCAGUCGGAUGCGCAGUCAGUCUCUGAAAUCGGAGACACCAUAUCAUUAUCAAAACAAAGCGACGACACGUCACAAUCUUUGUCAGUUGCCGACCAUCCCAUUAAUAACGAUGAUCAAGAUUUGACACAAGACAACCAGAAUUAUGACAAUAAUAAUUCAGUGAUGCAUUCGGAUUCAAUUUCCUCUCCUUAUAUAGGUGAGAAGUGGAGAGAAAGCAAAAUAACAACAAGAAGAUCUUCAGCUUCGAGCACAAACUCCGAAGGUUCUGUUUGUUCUCAAAAAACAGAUUUGAAAUCUCACAUAAACAGCUGUGAUUCACAUCAAGGUAAUGUAAUGCCUGAAAUAGAUUCUUAUCCACCGAUCCCUGCAUACUCGUGCCCUGUUGAACCAUCGAUGCCCUUGAACCAAUACGCGACGUACGCUACUGAACCAUCACCGUUCCUGAGUAUCAGUGGUUUGCCCCUAUUUGGGCCAGGAGCGUGCGCAUCCAGUCAAUUACCGCUACCGUCGCCGGGACCGGCGUUGUACGCACCGGGGCUACCCUUUGCCCCGACUCCUUUGAUACAGCCGUUAACAAAACCGCCAUUUAACACGCUUUGUGCCGCCUUUACAUCUUCCUCUCAAAAUAUUGCUUUGACUACAGCAAUGAUUGCACCGCCAACUCCUAAACCAAUGGAUUCUCCACCUAGAGAUGAAAUUGACGUCACCGGUGAAAGCGACAAAUUCUCGAUACAUGUCAGAGAAUCAAGUCCGACCAUUAGUGUCGAUUCAUAUAAUGAUACUAAUACAAGACUGUCUACAAAAAUGUCUAAUGAAUGCAGCAAUGAGACUGUAACAACUCAAAAUUCACAAGAAUCAAAUAAAUCAUCACCCAAACCUAAAGCUAUGACAAAAUUCCCAGGUAAAUCCCCUGGUAAAAGCCCGGCUGGCAUAUCACCCAAACAAAGUGAAUCGUCAAAAGGAACUAAACGAUCUAGUAACAGAAGCAAUAGAAGUCAAAGAGGCCGAGGACGAUCUAAGAGUCGAGGUCAAGGGGUUCACGGUUUCCCUACCGUUGACUACAUGGGUAAUUCCAUUCAAAGUAAAUUAGUUGGAACUGUAUAUGACUUCGAUGAAGAAAUAGCCAACGAUGGCGUUGAUCUCAAAGCACUGCGUGAAAGGCGGAAAUCAGUCGAUGUUAGAGAUGAUAGAAAAUCAGAGCAAUCGUAUAAAGACUCCUCGCAAUCACCGCGUGUGGUUAGUUCUCCACAAAACAAAAGACCUCCUCUUGUCGAAACUAAAGAAACUAAACCUCCGACCCCUGAACCCGAAGAUAAAGCUUCGUCGCCAUCUGACAGAGGCGGCGAAGACCGCGGACCGGGAUUUUCUCAAGUGCAUCCGGUACUGCCUGGACCUGUGGAUAUGCGUACCUAUCAGAACGUCGACGCUCCUGUUCCUCCUACAGGAGAUGCUUAUCAUAGCCACCUCCUUGCAUUCGCUAGUGGAACUGCCGACCAACAACUUGUGGAUAUUGACGAAGAAGUAGAGAAGCAACUCCAGUCGGCGCUAAUGGCAAGUAAACACGGUAUUGGCUCUCCGGUGCCAACGCCAACACCUGAGAUUAAAGAACCCAUAAAAGAGACUUUCACGCCGCAGCUACCUAAGGUCUCGUUGUCUGACUCACGAAACCAACUCAAAGUAAAGAUAAAAGGACCCUUCCUCGAUGCUAACUACUCCACAAGUUCUUCACAGCCUGUGGCGCCGCAACCACCCGCGCCUGUGCACUCCCAUGACACCAGCACAGCAUUUACUGGAGUAGUAGGCGGCGCGGCGUCUACUGCGAUGAGUGGUUCCACCAAUCUGCGCCGUAUGCGUAAGAAAGAACUGUUGCGUCAGUACUGGACGCAAGAUAUGAAUAUGGAUGACCCUACAAACCCAGUGACAAUGGGCGUUGCACCUCCUCCGGCUGUGCCCCCGCCGCUGCCACGAGCUGUCAUAACUAUCCCGAAGGCGGUCGCCUCGAUGACAAGCAUACCCACGAGAGAAGACUAUAAAAUAACCGAUACGUCAGUAGACAAGAAGAAACGUAAGACAACCAGCGGCUUAUCUCGCGAAUUGCGGCAUUUAGACGUAGAUCCAGCCGACGAUGCGAAAUUGUCCAGUUUCUCUGGUAACUCAAGUCAAGCACACAAGCGUCGAGGACGCGUUUCUACUAAACCAAAUAAGACCGCCACAUCUCCAGUGGCACCUAAACUUAAAAUAAAAAUCGGUUCGAACGUAGUGCAACAGGUGAACGAGGAACCACCUGGAUUUCAGUUCCGGCCGCCGAAGAAACGAAUUGUGGCUCCAGUGCCUAAACCUAGUCUCGAAGAUUUGCGUCGUGAAAGUAUGAAGUAUCGACGAAUGGUAAUGGCGGACUUUGAAGAAAACGAAAAAACCAAGAAGAGUGAGAAACGUAAAAAGAAAAAGGACAAAAAAGCAGAAAAACUGCAAGUAGUGAACAGUGAAAGUGAAAGUGCUACUAAGUUGAUAAUAAAAAUAAAGCGUACCAAGGAGGAGGAGGCGAGCGAGAUGGGUGGCGGGACGAGUGCAGAGACGGCGCCCAGCGGGCUGAGCGGCGCGGCGGCGGUGGCGCCCGAGCUACCUGUCGACCCCUUCGAGUACGACCCUACAGCGCCCGACCCGCUCGCCAUCGACCCGCCCUCUUACUCAGAGACCUCUUCCACUAUGAGAAAGAUUCGGACAGCUAAAGUGACACCCAUUCGUUUAAAAUUGGCGCGUAGCUCGCAGGGUUCCGGCUACGUAAUGAAGAAAGCCGGCGAGGAUGGCGGCGCGGGCGCGGCGAUCCAAGCGGCGCCAGCCAGCGCGGCCGCCGCCGCCGUCACCUCAUGCGCGGCCACCACAGCGUCCACCGCUUCUACCGCAGACGCGCUGCCACUGUCUCUCAAUAAACAUUGCGAAACGAGGUGAUAUAAACCGCGGUUUAAUUGGUAGACAGUUAAACUAGAACAAGCGUAAAAUCUCCUGUAUAGUAAUAAUGGUAUAUUUAUAAGUCUGUAUAUUAUAAAAUUAAUAAUAACUUCUUUAUAAUGUAGUUUAUUAUAUUAUUUAUUUGUAUAAAUUGAAAGCUCAAUGAUUAACUUAAAAGUUACUCUUAAGAUGUAGUUUUAAAUAGUUUUGUGCAUCAGAGUAGUGCACAAGUAAAUCUUAUUAAUACUAGUAUGCAUUGAUGUGCAUAUAUUUAUAUAUUUUUGUUAACGUUACUGUUUUAAUUUGUGCCUCAUGUGGAAUCUCAUUAAUUUAUCAUUAUGUAAAUUAAACUGGAUGUAGGUAAAAUUACAUUAUCACAAUAGACAUCACAGGCUGUUCGAUACUUCUAUUCAUUGCUUUCAUAUCUUACUGACCUAAAUAUAUUUAGUUACAUCUCAUUCCAGACCGACAUUGUUGUAACUCUAAAACAUAUUUGACUGGAUGUGAUUUGGCUUUUCGCUUUAGUAUCAAAUAAUAGAUUAAACCUAACACCUUUUCUAAAAUACCAUGGCCACAGGAAACCCAAUUUGACGUUUUUAAAACCUCAUAGUUAUAAGAGUUUAAUUUUCCAUGCUGGCUUCUAUUUAUUAUGGGUCUGACAGCUGUCAAUUCGGGUUUCUUAUGGCGGUGGACAUAAUGGGAUUAGUCGAAUUGACAUCGAAAAGUAACCGUAUGAUUAAUUCCCACGUUGUAAUUUGAGAUUACUAGAAUAUAUCUAUAAAAUAUGUAUGGCAGGCUCCGUUGAUUUUAUUUAGUUAAUUCGGUUUUAAGUACUGAGCAACACGAGCUUCCGGCGGACUCGAAGGGAGUAGUAGCCGCGGCGUUAUUUCUCAAUACAAAAGUGGGGGCCAGGGGUCACUCGCUAGGAUACAAAUAAACUAGUUUUGGAUUGUGCAAAUGGGCAAACACUUUGGCCAAAGGGAACGCCGCGUAUGAUUACUCCUUCCCCAUGUUGCUCUAAGGUUUUAAGUGACUGAUUAUGCAUGAAGUUGUAAAUAUUUUAUUAUUGGCACCAUUAAAAUUAUGAGAUAUAUUUUAUAAUUAAUAUAGUUACUUGUUAGGGCCAACGGGCCCUGAUUCCUACAGACACCUAAUUUUAUUUUAAGUUAUACCUGUUAUUUUUUUAUCCGCCGAAAAGAAAAGGUACGGAUAGUUGACAGCUUUUAAUUUGAAAAUGAAUAAAUGAGGCGAAUCAAAUUGGCAACCCAUUUGAUCGCUGUUAUGCAACCCAUUUGACGUGUGCUCUCAAUUUAAUUCCGGGGUAAUAAUCCCGCAUUUAAUUUUACAUUGGCUAUUUUUUUUUUCUGUAGCCUAAUCAAUGUCCCACUUCUGGGCAAAGGCCUCCCCCUUCUCUUUCCAACCCUCCCUGUCCCUGCUAAUAAGCUAAUGUAAAAUUUUGUAGAGUUGUUUAAGAUUUCUGCCUAAAAUAGACCGUCCCUUAUCUUUUCGGCGGAUAAGAAAAUGACAGGUAUAACUUGAAAUAAAAUUAGGUAUGUACUGGAAUUAGCACCAUUGUUUUUAUAGAUUAACUUGAUCAUUAGCGUUCAGCCAAUCACACUGCCAGCCAUAAAUGUUUUGGAAUUACAUUUUCUUUAGAUGACAUAAAUUUUGGAGAACGCCAAAGAUUAAAAAAAAGGAGUUAUCACCAUACGCAAUCACUGAAGUUAGUCUGUAAGAAUGGGCAUUAAUAGCACAGUUUUGUUAUAAUAGGUUAUCAUUAUAACAUCAUAAUAGUUUCUCGCUAUGGCUUAGCUACAGGUGUAAAAAGUGGAAAAUAAAAAAUAUUAUCUAUUAAAUAUUUACCUCUGUCUGACAAAAAAUAAAUAUUACGAUAUCAACAUCAAGUUUUGCUUUAUUGAAAGUGAAUCCCAGCUUAUACAGUGGAUCGUCAAGAUAGUUUAUACUAAAAAUUAUUUGACCAGCGUUAAAAUUCAACACUAAAUAUUAAUUAGUCAUAUAAAACAAAAUUGAUACAAAUAGGCCUAAUCCAAAAUCCAACCUCCGAAAUCCUGAUCAUAAAAUAGUCGCAAAGCUCCAUGUCAUACCCGUGUCGUUUCACCUUUUCACAACUUCUUCAUGUGAACGACUGUAGGAACUAUUUUUUAAUUGUAAUGUUUUACUUUUCCACCUGUAGGUAAGUGAAAUAAUUUAAACUGGUGUUUUUCUUAAUCUUAGUUCUCGCGAAUACGCGCAAAUUAUUGUAUUCUUCAUAGAGCACCGCUGGCGGUGUGACAAUAUUUUUAAACACAAUUUAAAUUGUUGAGUCUUUCGUAAUUUUAGUAAUAUAAUAGUGACACAUGUUACAAUGCGUGUCCGACUUCAUUUUUUUUUAUCUAGUGUCGAUUUACGAUUAAUUUCGUGUAUUUUGUUACUCUUUGUUAUAUUUAUAUUUACUUGUGAUCUGAUCAAGUGUUGAUGUGAGUCUUUGUUUGCGAUUGGUUUUUUCUUAGGGUAUAAAUCAUGUGACCAAGCUUUUGAUUUAUUUUGAGGUGAAUCUAUUGCUGUUAUAAUCAUAAGUAAAAAAUCACGAUGGAAGUCCAUUUUGGCAGCUGUCAGACUCAUAGUAAACUGAAGCCAGUAUCGAAAAAUUAAACCUUAUAUCUAUGAGGUUAAGAAAACGUCAAAAUGAAAGUCUCGUGAUAUUUACUGUAACUUAGCUUAUCCUCGGCAUAUCAUGUUCACAAGUGUAAUAAUUAGAUUAAUUUGGUAUCGUAGAGCUGUGUAAGGGCUGAUUUGAUUGUUUAGUUUGGUAAAAAAGUAUUUAUAGGUCAGCCGAAAUUUGAUGACAAGCAAAAACAAAUCCGAGUAACGACUGAUAUCUGAAAGUUUGUUGUGUCUCAUUGCAGUCACAGAAGACAGUCUGUAUGGUUGUGUCAGUCAGUACAAUUCUACGUUGUCAGAACUAACCAACCAAGAGAGUUCAACGUAUGUUAAUAUUUUUUGUUGCGUUUCUGGUUCUGUGCAGUUUUCAGUCAUCAGAUUCCGGUACCCUACAGUCUUGUGCAAUAUUCGGCAAUACUCAUCGGGUAGUCACGGUCAAGCGACCUCUUCGUUAGGCGUAAGUGCGUGUUUGUUGGAUAAGUAAUAUAUUUGGAGCGUUUCGUUUUUUGUAUAUAGUGAUUUACACACGGCAAAGUAGACGGUAAAUACAAAAUACUAACUUUCUCUGCAGUAUCGGUUUUUUCACCAGUAGGCUGUGCACGGUAACCGCGCCGCGCGCGUCGCGUAUUAUAUUGAGGUCUUCGACCAAUAGCCGUUUGACGUCCAUCUACGUAGAUAACAUUCGUAGCGUUUAUUGGUCGAAGCGCACAAUGUAAUUCGCGCCACGUGCGGCGCGGUUGUCAUGCAGACCGUGAACAUUUUUAAUUUAUUAUUUGAAAAACUAAGUAUAAGAUGCAGAUAAUUUACAGCUUGCUUGCAAUAUGUCCCGAUACUUACAUAUAUAGUUUUAAGUAUCUUUCAAUAUAGGUGCAUAAAACUGAACAGACUCACUUGGUAACAGAUUAAUAUGAUGUGUCAAGAUACAUGGUCAAACAAACAGCAAUCAUGCAGCAUAAAUUAUCUUCUGUUUAUAGGAAGUCCUAUAACCAUAAAUUAAUUCACUCCACUUUAUAGCAGAUUUAUACUAAUUUAUCGUCUACUUCGACCGGGACGCGAAUUAAUUAGGUUGAACUAAUUUAUACUUUUGUAUUUUUUUAUAUUUGGUAUGUAUCAGGCAUUGUAUGUGGCAGACGUUUUAUAUACAAUCAUGGUACCGUGAGUGCUGCGGUCAUCUUCAUACUCUUCGCAUCCGAAAGGCGAUCAUUGUGACGAUGGUCUCACUCCGAACGGAAUUCAAAUCGAAAACUUGCAUUUACUCGUCGGUCUUAGAUGAACUUGUAUUAAAAAUGACAGGAUCUUUCAUAAGUUAUAUUCUUGUACGUCUCUUAAAUGUGAUUUUUUAAACAAUGUAGGUUAAAACUUUACGUAAUAAUUGUUUAUAUAAUUCUUAUUCUUACAUUAUGAAGGUUCACUGUAAAAAUAAAUCAAUAGCAAUUGACGCCGCCAUUUUAAGCAAAAGACGAGACUUCUGCCUGCACAUAUCCAGCAUCUUGUGCAGCACUAGCACUUUAUGCUGAUUUUAAAUUAAAUAAAUAUAGAAUUAGAUUGUAUAGAUAACAUAAAUAGUAUAACGCAAAUGACCUAAUUAAAUGAAAACCCCAAUAGUCAGCCAAGAGCCUCUCGCCCAUAAUGCUUUUAAGGAUAAACAACAAUUUCAGCUCCGACUAUGAAUUGAAUGUAGUUUGCUGCUCCUCUUAGGGACGUAUUACUUCAUUUUAUUAUAAUCGUGUUGCAAAUAAGUAGGUAUAAUAAUCGUCGUCUCAGUAUAUUAAGAAAAUGCUUCAGGUUAAGUUAAACUUGUGUCGGCCCGCGCUUUGUUCGUUCGAAGCUCGCAUUUUGUAUUGGAUCGCAACAGGCACGUUACCGGGACGUGCGUGGAACUCAAUAUUAAACAUGUUUAGCGUGUUAUGAAAGUAAGGGUCGCGGCGUCAGGGGUAACUUAACCCUUCGUAGCCUAUAUAUUAUUAGUCAAUAGAAUCGUCAUAACAGAUAAUUUCGAUGGCGCAAGGAAAUAAAAUAACGUUCUCAGUAGUGAUUAGUGCAGCGGGAGAAAUUAAAAUAAAAUAAUAUUGAAUAGAUUUCGAAAAGAAAAUAAUUUUCGUUACCAUAAAUUUAUUACUUAUAAAAUAUUUAUUGUAAUUUAUGUGAAAAAUAAAACGAAAUUAAUUUAAUUAGAUCAACCGUCAUAGUAACUUGUGUAAAUAGAUAUAUAACAUUGAAUACUACGAUCACGAUCGACUCGAUUUUGAAUGUCUACUUUAAAGUAAUUUUAAAAAUCAAUUAUUGCGUAGGUAUAAGUUUCAACUAUUUUACUUCUUCAUUUAAAAAAUGUAAAUAUACUUUUUAAAAAUUUAUAAAGCAGUGCAUGAAAUGAUGAUCGAGACAGAGACCGCUUUGCGUGACCCGUAUCGAUGCAUUAUUUACAUCGAUAUCAUCUUAAUAGCAAGUUCGGAACUCUAUUCAAUAGUACCAUUCCUAAAUACUUACCUAAAGUUAAUAUUUUCAGUUGAACAUGUUGUGGGUAGCAGGUACGUCCCGAGUUCAGUUACUUAUAUUGGCAUUCCACAGACCUGCUGAGAUUUUUAAUACAAACGGAUUAUAUAGUGAAUAGAAGGUACUUAGACCUUACAUUUUACGUUGAUGCUUCUGGUCAUUCCAACAUCACACAUAAAGCGCUUCUGACAGGCAACGUUGUGAAUAAUGCAUCUUUUCGUUUACUCAGUUAUUAAACUUUCAUCAUCAUCUCCUUAGAGAGCUACAGCAGGUUUUCCCUUAUUCUGUGCUUCGCUUAUCAAUCAAUUCUGCAGUUUAUGACAAGAUUUGCGUUACGAAGCGUUACGUUAUCAAAACGUUAAAACUAUUUUUGCACGGCCACUUGGUCAGCAUUUUGAUGGCAGUCCUACCAGUCCCUAUUGACUAGCUGACACUCGUGUUGGAACCUUCUAACUAAAUUGCAAGCAAGUGGCACAGUUCACUGCAAAAUAACAUUAUUAUUACAAUUAUUAUUGCAUUUUAAUUUUGUUAAACUUUCGGAUCAGAAAACUUGACAGACGUUUAUUGAUCAGGAUAUUAUCUACUGGACACCCUCCUCGAAUACACUAGAUUUUCAAUAUACAACAUUUAAUGUAAUGCAAAAAAAAUAUGAUGGAAUUUCCAUAAAUACGUAGGUAAAUUAUGUGUGACACCUAACGGUAUUUAACUAAAACAUGUAUCCUAUCUGUGCCGGCCAAGUGGACGCGCUGCUUACUACAGCAGUUGUGAUUUUUUCCAUCGAUUUCUAUUAGUAAAUUUCUAUUAGUAAGACUUCUUGUAAACUGGUAGCUGUUAAAAACAUAUUCGUAUUUUCAAGAUAUAUUUUACAAUAAUUUCCAAUUUUAAUAGUUCUCUCAUUGUGAAAAGCGCGUUGUUUAAAGCCACCCCGUGAAAUCUUCUUGAACAAUACAGUCGAAUUUACAUGAGCAGUUUGUUUUCUUGUCUUGAAACAACGUAUAGUCGUACAACGCGUUUAAUAUAGUAUAAUAUAUCGAUCGUUUCAGAUCCUACAGAGCAUCAAUAUAGAUUUUAUUUAUCAAAUCUCAUAUGAAAUUAGUACACUGUCAUAUUUCACGCACAAACCCUACAUAACACGAGCAAGCAACAUCACAAUACAAUGAUUAAUGAAUAAAUUAUAGAGAUGCACCAACUAGACACCGACUAGCCGGCCAAUGUCAUAUUCUGUGGCUGGGAGCUUCAAAAUGUAGAAAAUACUUGAAAUUAAAACUCAGUGAAAUUUUAUGAAAAAUAUUAAGAUUAUUAGUUUGAAAUUACAGGAAAAAAUAAGAAACAUUAUCUAUUCCGCAUGUAAUAUUAAUGUGACGAACACCAGUAAAAUUCACUUCAGAAACAAUAUUUUCAUGCACAGUACUAGCUGGAAAAUUGAACGACUAGUCGGCUUUCUGGGGUCGGCAUCUCUAAUAAAUUACCUUGUUACUGUGAUUUGUUUUAAUUUAUACAAGCGUCUAGAUUUUAAGAACGAUUUUGUAUUCGAGAUUCCGAUAGCAGGAAAUAAAAAAAAGAAUAAAAAUAUUUUUAAUGUAUAUAUAUAUGUUUACUAAAAGAACUUCUUGUGUUGAUAAAAUAUUUUUUUAUAAAAACUACGAGUGUAUUGAUUUUGAGUACUUUAUAAGAGUCAUGUUAUGUAGAUUUCGUGCUUUAAGCGCAUGAUUUUGUAUUGAGUAUUUUCAUUUACAUAGUGUUGAUAUUAUAAAGUGUUGUAUGGAAUUGUAAUUUAAAUUAUAUCGUAAGUGGCGUUGGUAAGCGUGUGUGUUAGCAUGUUGAUGUAUUAUGUGCAUGUAAAGGACGCUAUAGUUAUCUGGGGAGGCCUCGCUGGGGCCAGUAGUAAACCUCGGUCGGAGCUUCCUCGUUUGAGUUUCGUGGCGGAGAGGGGCGUGUGCCGCGUGCGACUCAGAGUAGGCGUGCGGAAGCUCUGUACUGAAUGUGAGGUAGCUGUGUGUGGCGCGCGACACGGCGGCGCGGGCGCACCCAGCCUGCACCCUGCGUGCGGCUCGCCCGCUGCGCUGCUGCGUGCCACAUUUUGCAGAAAAUUAUCAUGUUAGUCGUAAAGCCGUCAUGGAUUCAUGCCAGGCGUUAGGUUAGAAAAUUCAAUACAUAUAUUAAUUAUUUAUAUUGUAGCCUAUAUAAUCAGUAUAAGUAUUAGUGUUAAGAGAUUAACUUCUUAUACCAUUAUCCGUAUAAGUAUUAUGAUCAACAAUAUUUCCAUUGUUUUUAAAUCUAGAAUGUUAGACAUUAAAUUUAAGUGUAACUUGUACAAACUACUUAUGUACAGUGUGUAAAUGAAUGGUGAAGCUAUAAUAGAAUAAAGAGAUGGUGAGCGCUAUCUCGGCGCUAGGCGGGUGUUGUAUAUAGUGUACAAGCGGUCUUGUAUUAUAACAAGUGUUUUCAAUGUGCACAUAGUCGCCUCAUUCAUUAAUAAAUUUUUUAGAUCAA